AUGGAGCAAGAGGAAGUGGAGAUGGAGGCUCAGCGCCGAGAAGAGGCUAAGCAACGUGAGGAGGCACAACGUCAGCAGUUAUCACGGCAACAGUUACCACGGCAACAGUUACCACGGCAACAAGUGUCGCAGCAACAGUUGUCCAGACAACAGUUGCUAUCCUCCCAACUGCAUCUGUCACAGCAAGAGCAGCCAUCUCCACAACAACAGUUACCACAGCAACAGCCAUCACCAUCUCAGCAACUGUUAUCAAGGCAACAGCGUCAAGCCCCACAUCACCUGCCAAGACAGCAACACUCUUCAUCGCAUCAGCAGUUGGCACGGCAACAGCAAAUGUCACCACAGCAUCAGUUACCAAGGCAACAACCAUCACCCCAUCAAAAUUCGACUCAGCAUCAACUGUCACCGCAGCAACAGUUGUCAGGGCAACAGCUAGCAUCCCAACAACAUUUACAUAGACAACAGCCCUCACCACACUCACAGUUACCCAGACAACAGCAACAGCCUUCUCCCCACCCACAGUUAACAAGACAACAGCAACAACCCUCUCCCCUCCCACAGUUAACCAGGCAACAGCAACAGCCCUCUCCCCUCCCACAGUUAACCAGGCAACAGCAGCAGCCCUCUCCCCACCCACAGUUAACCAGGCAACAGCAGCAGCCCUCUCCCCACCCACAGUUAACCAGGCAACAGCAGCAGCCCUCUCCCCACCCACAUUUAACCAGGCAACAGCAGCAGCCCUCUCCCCACCCACAUUUAACCAGGCAACAGCAGCAGCCCUCUCCCCACCCACAGUUAACCAGGCAACAACAACAACCCUCUCCCCAAACACAGUUAUCUCGGCAGCAACAGCAGCCAUCUUCAAACCAGCAGUUGCCCCGGCAACAGCAACAACCAUCCCCUCAUCCACAGUUAACCAGGCAACAACAGCCACCCUCUCCCCAUCCACAGUUACCCAGGCAACAACACCCACCAUCUUCACUCUCAUUGAUAUCCCAGAACCAAAAUCCACAACAACAUUCACAUCUCUCACAACCACACCUAGGUACAAAUACUCGUCUGCAAUCUCAUUCGCGCCAAUCACGAAGCCAACAGUCUUCACGGCAUCAGUCAUCACGGCAACUUUUACGUCAGUCAGGGCAGCAAACUUUGCUACCAUCAACAUCAUCUUCAAUCUCAUCACUGGUGCCCCCACCAACUACAUCGUCUCCGUUUGCAUUAUCAACAAUACCACCAUCACCCCCAUCAUUUCCCUUCUCAUCAACUCCUAUCCCUCCAGCAUGGAGACCACCAACUUAUUUGCAGCCAAUGCCAGCCCAGCACUGGGACAAUAAUUACGAAUGGACAGGUCCCUUUAAAGUGUCAUCUCGCAUGACACCUUGGAUGAAGUGCACCUCAUUUCAUGGCAAAACAUGA